AUGCCAGGCCCACCUUCAUGGAAAUCUGAUACAGUAACCCUCAAGGAAGCACCCGAUGAGCCACAAACACUCUACUGGCGUGAUCCUGUGGAAUUUGCACACUUCCUAUUCCAGAAUCCUGACUUUGAUGGGGAUAUGGCAUAUGCACCCUCAUGGGUGUUUAGUUCAGAUGGGGCCCAGGUUUAUUCAGAGAUGAUGAUGGGAAAUGAGUGGCACUUUCAGCAAUCACUGCUUGAUGAAGGAUCCACUAUUCUUGGGAUAAUCCUUGCAUCUGAUUGGACCCACUUAACGAGCUUUACUGGGGACAAGAAGAUGCAUGCCAUUUACAUCUCACUUGGGAACAUCAGUAAAAAUGUCUGUUGGAAGCAUAACAUGUGUGCCUGGCUCUUGCUUGCCAAGGUCCCAAUCUGUAAAUUUCCCAAAACUCCUUUCCCUGGAAAUAAAACUGAACAAAAGGCUAUUCCAGGAAUACUUGGCCAGUGA